AUGAAAAAACGGAUUACCGUUGCUAUUGAUGGUAUUAAUAAUACCAAUACCAUUACAAAUAAUGUCAAUAAUAGUGAAAUGGGGUUUAUUUACACCAGUAGAAAUGAGGAAAACAUACACAAUUCAAUGAACAAUUUUAUAUCUUUAGCAAAUACUGCGAGUAAGUCUAAAAAUAACAUUGCUCAAUUUGUUGGUAUAGUUAUGGACGUGAACGAAUUUAAUCCAAGAUCUUCAUACAAAAUGAUAUUUUCUGAUUCUCUUAAUAAUAAAAAAAUAGAAAUGCUUCAAUUUAAUCAAUUAAUAAACAGGUUAAAUUGUUUAAAUAAUGGUGUUCAUGGCAGUGAUAUAUCCACUGUUAUAUUAUCACAUGGUAUUGCCCAAGACAAAUUGACCUUGCGAAUUAAUUCACGAGACUACAUCAAUGAAAUUAUGAACACCAAUUUUACGAGUAACGUGAUGAUAAACAAUUAUUUCUUAAAAAAAUGGUUACUGGACAGUAGAAGAAGUAAAUUGGCUACUGCUAGUAAGGUUAAUAAAGCUACCAGCAAAAAAGUGAUAUUAAAUAUAAGUUCUAUCUUAGGUGGUGGAAUGCAUACUCCGACUGUCAUUAAUGACAAUGAAAACAACAAUAUGAUUGAUUUGAAUGUACCUGGGACUUCGAUUUAUUCUGCCUCUAAAUCAGCAUUAAAUAAGUACAUUAAAGUAGUACAAAACGAAUUGGACAUAAAUAAAAAGAAUAACAUAACUAUUAGCUAUUAUAGUCCCGGGUUAAUUAAAGAUACUGACAUGAUCAAAAACUUAAAAGACUCGGAAUAUUUAUUAAAAUAUUUAGAUAGCAAGACCACUGCUGCCGGUGGUGACAAUGACAAUAAAGUUUAUAGUUUGAGUAGUACUUCUGAUGUUGUGGCUAAUAAUAUUUGGAAAUAUGUUGGCGAAUUAAAACAAGGAUCGCCAUCUUCUUAG